CGUCAAAGGUGGGCUGGACUCUGAAUGAUAUAUAUCAAAACUUUACAGGCGAGAGUUAAACACAAGUUACAACAGUUUACAAGAAGCCAUGUAACAUAUUAAUGCUAAAUGUAGGAUUGAGAUUGGGCAGUGUACGGUACCGGAACUUCAAAACUAUUCCAGCUAUUCAAGAAAGUGUUGAAUAAAUUGGAGGUCGGAAACACAAACAGCAUGAACUCCCAGGGCAGCUUUGCCAGUAGCUUCUUGUUGCAGUCCAUCAACGAUGAUCUGAAUGCAUCUUUGGCCACGGCAGAUGAGCUGUCUCGAGAGUUCAGCUCUCUCCUGCAGGAAGCAGCUCCAGCCAUGCCAAGCACUACUUCACAGAUUACCGUCCCCAAACCCCAAAACAGCAGCAAUGGCAGCAGUAGUUACUUUAGUGCAAACAACAAUGGAAAUAAUAGCACCGUGGGAAACUUGUCUUUUUCUCAAAGCUCAACAAGCAACCUUACCACAGAGCCCAACCAACGCACGCUGGAUUCCACCAUGAAUAGAAAAGAAUCCAACCUGGACGUACCUGUCAUGAAAUUAAGGCCUUCAUCUCCCAGUCCUUUAACCCAACAGAGCUCCCCUUUCAUUUCCAGCAAAGACUAUUCAGAUACAAGGUAUUCCUACGACCAACUGACACCCCCUAACAUGUCUCCAAAGUCCCAGAGGUCUCAAGAUCGAGGCGGGAGUACAGGUAGUUAUUGGGAGCAGACCGCCGGAUCUAGCUCCAUUUAUGACAACAAAAAUACUCGUUUGAAGCAGCCUUCAAAUAGUCCCUUGGCUUUGUCUCCAAGUCCAAGGGCACCUCAGCCUUUCAGUCAACAUGGAAUCAGCACGCUACCACGCAACUUCCAACCAUUCAGAACCAUGGAGGAGGGAAUGCAGAAGCAGAAGAGCCCCUCUAAGUGGAACGAGACCGAUCUGGAUGUUUUACCUGAGAGAAAGCCUCACCACACCUUUGAUAAAAAUGAAUGGAUUAGACCGUCUGUACCCAACACUAACUGGAAAGAAUCAAAUCUGGACGGACCUCCUUCCACCAAAAAGGUUUCACCCUCUUACAGCUCACUCCCACGAAACACCCGUGUCACUGUGCCCCCUGAUCUCACCUCAACCAGCAGCUCACCUUACGGUCCUCAGCCCAUCAUCUCCCGUAUCUCCAUUCCACCGGCUCUGGAAGUCCGCAAGCAUAGGCCAAUCCCACUCUCUGUCAUCAUGAGGCUUCAAAACCCCUACUAUACUUUAAAUAACACCAGAUAUACACCUGAUCCAGUGGGAGAGCACCAGCAAGGAUUUUACCAACAAGCUGUUCCUUUGCCCAGAGAGUACUUCCGGCCUGUUCAAGCACCUCAACCUCAGCAAUCUCAGAGACAACCUGCCUACUACCGAGAAGUACUUUACCCUGGAGAUGUGGAAGCUGAGCUUGAGAAACAGGACCCAAGUAAAACCGAUGGCCCUUUAAUUGACCAAGACAAGAGACAAGAAGAGGAGGGUAAGGUGGAGGAUUCAGAGAUGCCCCCACGACCUCUCAGCCCCACACGACUGCAGCCCAUGGUGGCACCGGAAGCAGAAAUGGUCGCUGACGUAGAGGAACUGAUGCGGAUACGGUCCGAGUUCCCCAGGGCUCUGAAGAAACGUGGCUCCACUGAAAUCUCACAACCCUUGACAGAGUUGCAGAUUCCCAAGCCCAACCAUUACAAGCAGAUGAUGGGCAAACUGUUUCGCAGGAGGAGCAUCCGCAUCAAAGAGGACCCGAUUGCCGAAAGCGGAAGCUCUUCGGAUGGAGAAGAGAGUCCCAAAUCUGCUCAGAGACCGUUCACAGAGAUACAGGUCUCGGGUGAACAAAAAUAUCUUCGGUCUAUCUUGCGAAGGUCGAAAAAAGCCUCUAAACAGUCCGCACGGAGGGCUCAUCUGAACCCACUGGUGCUGAUGUUGGAUGGGGCUUUAGUGGGAGAAUUGGAAACUGUACAGAAAGCUGCACAGGAGAUAAGUGACCCGAGCAUGGCAAAUGAUGAGGGCAUCACAGCCCUUCACAAUGCUAUCUGUGCUGGACACUUCCCAGUGGUCGAGUACCUGGUACGGAUAGGGGCUAACGUUAGCGCUCCAGACAGCCACGGCUGGACGCCCCUUCAUUGUGCUGCAUCCUGUAAUGACCUGGAAAUGUGCGAGUUUCUUGUGCGGAACGGAGCGGCGGUUAUGGCUGUAACGGACAGUGAUGGCGCCACAGCAGUGCAAAAAUGUGACCCAUAUGCCGUGGGUUUCGAGAAGUGUGAGAGCUUUUUAAGAGGUGUGGAGGAUAUGAUGGGUGUGGAGAACAGUGGGGUGGUGUAUGCUUUAUGGGGAUAUCAAGCCCAGGCUCCGGACGAGCUGAGCUUUAAAGAAGGAGACAUGGUGACCAUACUACAGAAGACUGAGGGUGUGGACUGGUGGUGGGCUUCACUGUGCGGCAGAGAGGGUUUCGUACCGAUCAACUACUUUGCUCUUUUCCCAAAAGUGCGUCCAAGAACAUUAUGCUAAGGGCAAAGAGACGAUCUACAGACUUCAAUUAUAAGGUUGAAUUGUGCCUGGCCUGGAAUCUGUCAUCAUACGUGUGCUUAAAAGCGAGAUCUUCUUGUAGCAACACUUCUCUCUAUAAAUUGUACAUUUGGGACAGCUUAUGGAAUUCUUAGCAUUCACACUGCAACCAUUUCAGUAAAAAUGUAUCAUCUCCAAUAAUUCACAGUGAUAUCUGUGAUUGGAAGUCAUUUGCUGGGAACCAAUAUAUUCUCAAGUGAGUUUACAUAAUCUUAACUAUAAAUGAACUAUUAGUAAGUGCACUUUUCAUCUGUAUAUCAGUGCUUUACAUACUACUAUACUGAUUCAUUUGGCAUUUAAGAUAGAAUUACAUCGCAUGAGCAUACCUUCAUAAUUUAGAGAAGUUUAAUCUUCAUUUGUUUGUUUGCUCAUUCUCUAUGUGUGGGACUAUUCAACGUGACUUCAUAUGUCUGUCAGUAUUGCCUUAGUCCUUGCAUACUUAGUGUGUUUUGUUUAUUAGUUGUUAUUAAUUAGUAAUGAUGAUGAAUACUGUAUGUGUUAGUGAUGCAUUUGUAUGAUUAGUGUCAUGACUCUCAUGGAGAGGAACGGGACCCAAGUGCAGGGAAGGUAAACUCAAAAGGGUUUAUUAACAAAAGAGCCCACGUGGGGGCAAAAGACAAAACAUUCAAAAAGAUUCACAAGACUAAGACUAGAUGACACACUAAGACAAAACUUCACAGGACUGACUUGAAUUGACUAUGUCAAAGACACCAAACAUCCAAACAAUACAAAACGAUUCAGCACAGGACAAGACACACUGGGGCCUUAAAUAGGGAAACUAAACAAGAUAACGAGGGAAGUUCAGGUGCAGGGAGUUAACCAAUAAUGAAUAAUUAAGCAGGGGAAACAAGGGGGCGGGGGCAGAGACAAGACACUGCAGCACACUACCCAAACAAAAGGCCAUGUGCUACAACACAAAACAUGGGUACCGCCACGAUCCUGCCACAUGACCAUGAAAAACUAUGAAUAACUAUGACAGACAGGCAGGAUCGUGACAGUACCCUCCCCUUAAAGGGACGCCUCCAGGCGUUCCUCAAGAAGGUACAUAAGACAAUGGACAAGACAGGGACACAGACUAUGACAAAAUGACAGAUUAAUAAAAUAAACUAGAAAAACAAAGUCCAAUGGUGAUGCUUAACUAAACACAGGAAAUUAAAGUUCAUAAGGAUAAACAUGACUAAGGGUCCGGAGAAAAGUCCAAGGAGGCUUGGGCAAAGGCCUACACUGGAGCAGGUGCUGUAGUGGGUGCGGCUGCGCAGACGGCUGUAGUGGCUGCUGCGGCUGCACAGACGGCGGUAGUGGCUGCGGCUGCGCAGACGGCUGUUGGUGCGCAGACAGCUGCAGGAGCUGCGGUGAAGCAAACUGCUGUGGCUGAGCAAACUGUAGGGGCUGUAGCUGUGCAGACUGCUGUAGCUGUGCAGAUCGCUGUAGCUGUGCAGAUCGCUGUAGCUGUGGCUGUUCAGACAGCUGUUGAUGUGGUUGAGUAGACGACUGAGGCAGCGCAGACGGCUGCAGGAGCUGUGGCUGUGGCAGUGCGGACGGCUGCAGGAGCUGUGGCUGUGGCAGCGUGGACGGCUGCAGGAGCUGUGGCUGAGCAGGCUGCCAUGGCUGUAAAAGGCUGAUCUCCAAUAGCAGCCGGUCUAUGAAAGUCCAAGAUGAGUCUUCCAAAACCUGCUGGGUCCCUGACUGGCUGAAUCGUUCUGUCAUGACUCUCAUGGAGAGGAACGGGACCCAAGUGCAGGGAAGGUAAACUCAAAAGGGUUUAUUAACAAAAGAGCCCACGUGGGGGCAAAAGACAAAACAUUCAAAAAGAUUCACAAGACUAAGACUAGAUGACACACUAAGACAAAACUUCACAGGACUGACUUGAAUUGACUAUGUCAAAGACACCAAACAUCCAAACAAUACAAAACGAUUCAGCACAGGACAAGACACACUGGGGCCUUAAAUAGGGAAACUAAACAAGAUAACGAGGGAAGUUCAGGUGCAGGGAGUUAACCAAUAAUGAAUAAUUAAGCAGGGGAAACAAGGGGGCGGGGGCAGAGACAAGACACUGCAGCACACUACCCAAACAAAAGGCCAUGUGCUACAACACAAAACAUGGGUACCGCCACGAUCCUGCCACAUGACCAUGAAAAACUAUGAAUAACUAUGACAGACAGGCAGGAUCGUGACAAUUAGUGGCCUAACACAUCUGAUUAUUUACAGUAUUUUAUAACACAAUGUUAAAUGUUUUAUUGCUGUCUGUACACAACUGUUUCAUGGGGAUCUUUAUACAUGAAAUAUGAGUAAAUAUUUACUUCUGAAAUUAAGACACGUACUUAUCAUGUGGGUUGUGCACUGUUUGUUUGCUUGGAUGUAAAGAACGUUUAAUGGGGUUUAGUUGUGUUUGUUUAGUCAGUUAGUCAUAAUAACCAUUGACUGUGACUGUUAUGAGUUGAUAAGCAUUACUCUUUGUAAUACUGUUGCACAAAAAUAACUUAAAUAAAUAUAGUUGUACAUA